AUGGUUGACGAAUUUGUGGAAAACUUCAAUAAUAUGGAUACCCCCAAUUAUAUUAGGAAUGUUAUUCAUAAUAAAUCGUGGAAGGAAAAUGAGGUUGAACUAUUAAAAAUGACAGAAUGGAUACUUGGUGUAUUAUUUAGAAGAGAUAUAUGGUGUAAUCUGGCGUUUGGUACAAGUAUGGCCUGUAGUAUGCAAAGUGAGGGAACCUAUAUUACAGAUGCAAUCAUGCCGUUACUUCAUGCCAGUUUGGGGGACAUACCAAAUGGAUAUAUCUGUUUAAGUUCAGCUGAACGUCAAAGCUUGGCAAGUAAAGCACGUAGAAAUGAUGGAACAGAUAAGGAGAAAAUGGGAAAAAACCCAAUAUUAUGGCCUUAG